GUCCUUUCUCUCAUGCCUCGUUUCCCCCUCCCCCACUCCCGAAUCUUAGUUCCUGUCCCAAGUUUUUCCCUCAGCUGGGCAUGAACGGGGCUGGGGAGCCUGAUCCUGGCGCCGGGGGUUACAAAAGGCGUUACAGGGCGCUGAAGAGGAGGCUCAAGUUCCUGAUUUAUGAGCAAGAAUGUUUCCAAGAAGAGCUGAGAAAAGCACAGCGAAAACUCUUGAAAGUUUCACGAGAUAAAAGUUUUCUUCUUGAUCGCCUGCUCCAGUAUGAGAAUGUGGAUGAAGAGUCAUCAGAUUCCGAGGCAACGGCCUCUUCUGACAAUAGUGAUGGGGAGAUGCCCAAGGGGGCAGAACCGCAGUCCUUAAAGAGGAAACGAAGUCCACAGCUCGGCAGUGCCUCCUCACCUUCGUCAUCAGGUCUUUCCCUCCAGCCAGCAUCUGGCUUCGGACUCCCAGCUUCAGGGACACCAUCUCCCUACUUGACCUCUCUGGCUUCACCCCCUUACGCUCCUUUUCCCUCUGACUACUUGGCGCUGGGGCCUGAGCCUGGGCCCCCCCAGAAUGACAACAAUGCUACUCGCUCUGCCCAGCGGCCCCCAAGGCCCCGCAAGCUCAAGCUCCCAUUACCCCCCACCUCCCACUCUGACUGUUCGCCUGUAGUAGUGGGGUUGCCCUUCCCAUCGCCCCGUGGGACCCCCAAGCUGCCACCACCCACCAUCCUCAGUACGGUGCCCCAUCAGAUGUUCAGUGACACAGGGGAGGGAAGUGGCGAAGAUCCGCUGGAUGGUGAUGAUGAAUUGGUAAUCGACAUUCCAGAGUGAUAGUCCCAGGCAAGCGCACCUUAUUUCAAGGACACAGACCUCUCAGUGGUGCAUGAGGGGGAUCAUGCCCCGUAGUUUUAUUUUUGUUUACAGACUCCAAAAAAACAUGCAACUCAGUCAAUAAAUGGGAUUUUUCUUUUGUAUAAAAAGAUUCUGGUUGCAAUUGCUUUAUCCACCUUCCUGACCAUACAUCCCCUAAUCUUCUCUUCCGCUAAACCUUUUGAGCCCUUAAAAGAAAUUGCCUCAUAUUAAGGCAAGAGGUUUCUUCCUGUCAAUGUCCUUUACAAAUUGUUCCGCUGAAAAAUCCCUUCACAAAGGGAUGUAAAGGAAUCUCUCUCUCUCUCUCUCUCUCUCUUUCUCUCUCUCUCUCUCUCUCAGCUGAAGGAAGAAGGAAAAAAAAUCCCUUAAAAGGCAGAGAACUCUUAAAAAGUGCUUGAAUUCUCCUGGGGGAAAGGGUAAUCCUUUUUAAGAGCCAGGAAAGAGUUGUUCCUUUUACAUGUAAACAUUAGAAGUCUAAGUGCUUCCAGGAAAAAAAAAGGUCUAGGUGCCGAUUCACCAAACCCCACAUGGAAAUUCUUUUAUGUAAAAUGGAAACAUCACCAGUAUUUGACAUCAAUAUUUUUAUAAGAUGGUUUCUAGCAGACACCCACAUUUUGCUACUUGCUGCCCUGUUUUUAUUAUUGUUAGUAUUGUUUUUGCUACACGUAUUUAUAGUGGUACUGUAAUUAGAUA